UGGAAGACACAGCACAGGAUAUAUUUCCCGCUCUGGAACAACUAGAUCAGACGCGAAGACCGCUACCGCCGAUCUGCGUUAAUUUUGAAGACAUUUAGGGGGGCAUGUAUUUAAAACAAUUGUUUGCGUAUUUUUUCUUCCACAGUUGACAGUUAGAAAAAAAAGCCAGCUAAACCGAUGCCCUUUCUAAACGGAAAUAUUUAACCGACUCUUGGAUUGCGGGUUAUUAUAGAUCCUAAGCGCUAGCGAAUCGGUUCCCCUGCCAGCGGAGUGUUACGUAACAGCGAGGCUUCAGCUAGCCGAGGUGCUGAACUGAACGGUGCUAGACUACCCGGGCGAGCCGAGGGGAACCAUAACCUUGCGUCACGGGCCUAUUCAUCGGAGGGAAUCGUAGAGGACCGAGCAUCGGACUCAGUGUCAAAAAAAGGAAGCAAGCGGGGCUACCAAUCUCCCAUCUUUAUUCAGCGUUCCUCGGAAGAAUAUUCAUCGCUGAGUCGGUCGAUUCCACGGAGAGAAAAUGUCGGGGCAAACGCUCACAGAUCGCAUUGCCGCUGCGCAAUAUCAGCUAACGGGAUCCGAUAUGGCCCGUGGUGUCUGCAAAGCCACCACUCACGAGGUGAUGGCGCCCAAGAAGAAGCACCUGGAGUAUCUGGUGGGUGCCACCAACGCCACCAACGUGAACAUCCCCCAGAUGGCGGACACUCUGUUUGAGAGAGCCACCAACGCCAGCUGGGUGGUUGUCUUCAAGGCUCUCGUCACUAGCCACCACAUGUGUGUCCAUGGCAACGAGAGGUUCAUUCAGUACUUGGCCUCCAGGACCUCUCUGUUCAACCUCAGCAACUUUAUUGACAAAACCGGUUCACACGGAUACGACAUGUCCACAUUUAUCAGACGGUAUGGACGCUACCUGAACGAGAAGGCCUUUGCAUAUCGCCAGAUGGCAUUUGAUUUCACAAAGGUCAAGAAGGGGGCGGAUGGCGUGAUGAGGACCAUGACCACGGAGAAGCUGUUGAAAGGCAUGCCCGUGCUCCAGACCCAGAUCGACACGUUGCUGGAGUUUGAUGUUCAUCCUAAAGAACUGAACAACGGAAUCAUCAAUGCAGCGUUCCUGCUGCUCUUCAAGGAUCUGGUGAAACUGUUUGCUUCCUACAAUGACGGUGUCAUCAACCUAUUAGAGAAAUAUUUCAAGAUGAAGAAGGGCGACUGUAAGGAGGCUCUGGAGAUCUACAAGAGGUUCCUGACCAGAGUGACCAAGAUCGGGGAGUUCAUGAAGAUGGCCGAGACUAUUGGAGUCGACAAGAAUGACAUUCCUGACAUCAACUAUGCUCCCAGCAGCAUCCUGGAGUCCCUGGAGACACACAUGAACGGCCUGGAGGACGUGAAGGGGGGAAAGAAGGGGUCUCCAUCAAAGGGCUCCCCUACAAACAAUGUGUCUCCCACUUCCACUCCGGCCAAAUCCUCCAACGCCGUCCCCACACUGCAGCCCCCGCCUGGGGAGGCCGCCGGUGCCGCCGCCGCCGCCGCCGCCGCUGCUCCAGAACCAGUCGAGGACUCUCUGUUGGACCUGGAUCCUCUCUCCUCCUCAGGUCCAUCUGGACCCUCAGCAGCUCCUACUUCCUGGGGCGAUCUCCUGGGGUCAGAAAUGGGCGACUCCUUGUUAUCCGAACCCACCCUCACGGCUGAGGCCGCGCCCCCCUCCGCCGGGGCCACGCCCACUCCUGCCCCCACACCGACAGCAGCAGCAGCAGCAGCAGCAGUAGCAGCAGUAGCAGCAGACACCGGAGUCUCCCUAGCCCCUCCCACUAGCACGGCAGCUGUCGCCUCCUCCUCUUCCCCCAGCAACGCCAAUAUGGAUCUGUUAGGAGAUGCCUUCUCCACACCGGCCCCUGCAGCCCAGACCCCUGCAGCCCAGGCCCCCGCCACAGCCGACGGCGGGGCCCCUGCCCCCCCACCAGCCGCCGGCGCUGCAGCUGAACCCGCGGGGGCCGAAGCCACACCCCCUGCGCCCGCGGGCCCAGGUGCCGAGCUGAUGUCAGCUUUCGAUGGCCUAGGAGACGUCAUGAAGCCAGCCGUCACCCCACAAGCCGCUGACCUUGAUGCCACCAUGGCUAGCAUGGCGGGGAAUCUCUCGCUUGGAGCCCAACCGACUCAGGUAGCUCCCCCAAGUUGGGGUGCUCCCAUGACCGCACCUGCUGGGGUCCCAACCUUUAUGGGCGCUUACCCCACCUACAGCAUGUCAGGGUCCCCAGGAGGCGGGGCCCCCAUGAUGCCUAUGCUUAGGCCGGGCCUCCCCGCUGCUGGAGCCGCCACUGGCGCCCCGAUGUCCCCGGGGGUCACCCAGAGCCCUAGGAGGCCCCCUCCCCCCCGAAACGCCCUGGACGACCUCAACAUUAAAGACUUCAUGUAG